CCCGGCCCCUCCCUUCAAAGCCCAGAAGAAGGCAGGGCGAGACCCCCUAGCUAACCUCUACCCACAAUCUCCCCAGAGCCAUCCAUCGACACAAACCGCAAAGAAAUCAACCAGCAGAGACCACCGUCCGAAUUAACCUCGUAUCCCCCGAAAACAAAACAAGAAGCUCGCUCGAUCCCCAAUGGCGCGCCUGGGCGUCACCACCGCGUUGCUGGCGCUGCUGGUGGCCGCGGUCGCGGCGAUGGCGUACCUCCCGGCGCCGGCCUCGGCGGGCGGCGCCAUGGGCGGCGACCUCGACUCCAUGGUGCUGCUGCAGCAGCCGCGCGCGGCGCCGGCGUGCGACGGGGCCGUCGGGGAGUGCGGCGUGGACGAGGACGAGGAGCUGGGGACCGGCGGUGGCGCCGGGGCCGGGGAAGCCCUGCGGCGGUCGCUGGCCAGGAAGCCGACGGCGCGGUACAUCAGCUACGGGGCGCUCAAGGCCGACCAGGUGCCCUGCAACAAGCGCGGGCAGUCCUACUACACCAACUGCGCCAACAUGAAGCAGGCCAACCCUUACCAGCGCGGCUGCUCCGCCAUCACCCGCUGCGCGCGCAACAUGAACUGAGUUUAAAUCGCCGUCUGUCCCCAUCGUUCUUCGUAUUAAUUGUCGUCGUCUCUGCCUCUCCAUCGGUCGAUCGCCAAUGGUCCAACAUCAACGGAGCGGGGAGGGAUAACUAAGCACUCUAUAUUGUAUCCAGUAUCCGUGGUGGUGCUACGAUAUUGAUCCAAGCAGAAUUACGUACUGCUGUUUCCCCCCGUGUGUGUAGUAGCUCUUUUAUGUAUCCAUUAUCGUGUUCCUGCUCGCUGAUCCCUAAAAUGCAUGCCUAUUAAUUCCUUUGGAGAA